GAAUUAGGGCAACCAAACUAUGCACCACCAUUUUUGGCACCAAGCACAAUGGGUGAAAAAAUACUGAAUGGAGUCAAUUAUGCAUCUGGAGCUGGAGGAAUUUUGAAUCACACUGGAAGCUUAUUUGUAAAUAGGCUUGGGAUGGAUAUCCAAAUAGACUAUUUCAACACAACAAGGAAGCAACUGGAUGAACUACUUGGCAAAGCAGGAGCCAAAGAAUACAUGACCAAAAAGACCAUGUUGUCCAUUGUAAUUGGAUCAAAUGACAUUCUCAACAACUACCUUCUCCCUGGCAUCUCAACCGCUCAGAUGAUCUUACAACCACCAGAUCAGUUUCUCCAACAAUUGAUCUCUCAUUUCAGAGCCCAACUCAUGAGGUUGUACUCAUUGGAUGCAAGGAAGUUUGUGGUGACAAACAUAGGGCCACUAGGGUGCAUACCCUACCAAAGAACACUGAACCAAAUGUCAGAGUCAGAGUGUGUGAGCUUGCCCAAUGAUCUUGCAAUGCAAUACAAUGCUCUCCUCAAAAACUUGCUUGAAGAGCUCAACUACAAUUUUCCUCAAGCCAAGUUUCUAUAUGCAAAUUUGUAUGAUGUUCUCAUGGAACUCAUCCAAAAUCAUCAACAAUAUGGGUUUGACACAGCAAGUGUUGCAUGCUGUGGAAUAGGAGGGAAGUAUGCAGGGUUCAUUCCAUGUGGACCAACAUCUCCAAUGUGUUGGGACCGUUCAAAAUAUGUAUUCUGGGAUCCUUAUCAUCCAACUGAAGCUACCAAUCUCAUCAUUUCCCAAAACUUCAUGGACGGACAACUCCAUCAUAUCUCACCAUCCAACAUUCGCCAACUCAUUAACAACUUCUCAUGAAUUUCAUUUUCAUAACAUUCAUCAUGUAAAGCAACAUAUUCUGUACUCACCAAGAAAUAAUAAUUCAAGCACAAAUACAUGGCACACACAAUUCCAUUUCAAAUUCCAAUCUGUUUAUUUUGGUGUUUCUUGAGAGCUAAUUUGAUUUUAAUCUAAGCAAAGUCAUUGUUUGGGUAGUGAAAACAAGAAAAAGAAGAGAAGAUUUACAUGGCGAUGUGCUCGGGAAAAAAAAAAAAAAAA